AUGGAGAUCCCCAAGUCGAAGCUGAAGUACAUCCCAUCUUCGGGGACCUACCCUAAGGGGUUCCAGGUGGGCUCUGUGGCGUCGCACGUAAAGAAGAACGGGCAGCCAGACCUGGCUAUGAUCUACUCCAGCAAGCCGUGCAGUGCUGCCGGUGUGUUCACGACGAACAAGUUCAAGGCUGCUCCGGUCCUGGUGGACAGGGAGAACCUGCAGCUGAAGCACAACCAAGACUUCCACUCAAUUGUCAUCAACUCCGGGUGUGCCAACGCUGUCACGGGGGAGGGCGGUCUCAGCGACGCCAAGGAGCUCAUCCAGCACGCAGACAGGGCGCUGCACGGCGGGAAGACGUUUGACGUGGCCAAGACGCUGACGAUGUCGACCGGUGUCAUUGGCCAGAGACUCCAGAUGGACAAGAUCAGGGCCGGGAUCGACGAUGUCGUCGGCAGGCUCGGCUCCGACCACGAGCACUGGCUUGCCUGCGCUACGGGGAUCAUGACGACCGACACGUUCCCGAAACUCAUCUCCCGCAGCUUCGAGCACAACGGCGUGGCGUACUCGAUCUCCGGCCUUGUCAAGGGCGCCGGCAUGAUCUGCCCCAACAUGGCGACGCUUCUUGGCCUCAUCAUCACCGAUGCGCCCAUCGAGGCGCAAACCCUCGACCGCCUGCUGAAGGCCUCCGUCGACAAGUCCUUCAACUGCAUCUCCGUGGACGGCGACAUGUCGACCAACGACACAAUCCUCUCCCUGGCCAACGGAGAGAGCGGCGGUGAACUCAUCACCGAGACCUCCGGCGAGCUCUUCGACCUUUUCCAGAAGAACUUCAAGGAGCUUGCCAUCGAACUCGCCAAGCUCGUCGUCCGCGACGGAGAGGGCGCCACCAAGUUCAUCACCAUCAACGUCCGCAACGCCAAGGACGACGCCGAGGCCAAGAAAGCCGCCAACUCCAUCUCCAACUCGGCCCUCGUCAAGACCGCCAUGUUCGGCAAGGACGCCAACUGGGGCCGCAUCCUCUGCGCCAUCGGCUACGCUGACGUCGCUGUCGACCCGAAGAAGACCAACGUCUCGUUUGUUCCUGCCGACGGCAGCCCCGAGCUGAAGCUGCUUGUCGACGGCGAGCCCCAGCAGGUCGACGAAGCCCGGGCCAGCCAGAUCUUAGAGCUCCCAGACCUCCAGAUCGAGGUCGACCUAGGCCAGCCGGCCGAUGGCAGCUGCCAGUUCUGGACCUGCGACCUCUCCCACGAGUACGUUACCAUCAACGGUGACUACAGAAGC